GACACACUGCGCAGUUUGUUUUUCCAGAUUGACCCGCAGUGAGAUCGACUUUAGUCAUCCUCGGUACCAGUCACAGACCAAACCAAAACUGUUAUCUCAGCAAGGCUCUCGUGUCGAGCAAGUUUGUAAAGGUUAAGUCAAACUCGGGGACUAUUUGUUGAAGAGACGGAGAAACACCCCGUGUUGGCAUUUAAUUCCAUUGUCGUGAGGUGCUACCCAUUCUAGCAGGAUGAAGGCCGCAGUGUUUUUGUUGCUGCUGCUCCCGGCUGUCUUCUGUGCGCCGAACGGACAGGUCUCCCCGAAAACACUCAGCCUGGUGAGCACGCUCGGGUAUGGAGACAUCUCCGUGUCGCUCAGCAAGGCCAUCCGCCGGCUGGAGGACAUCUCCCGGAUGAAGGGGAAGGACGAGCGCGUGCUUUUUGAGCUCAGGAACAAGGUUGCCCAGCUCGAGCGCCAGUACAAGGACAGACAGGAGGAGUCCCGGGCGGCAGGUGAGGUGCUGGAAGACGUGCUGGCCAGAUGUAACGACUCCGAGCGGAGACGGCUGCAGGACCGCUGUCUGCCGUGUCUGGGCGAGAGGUGCGUAGAGUUCUACAACGACAACUGCCACGAAAGGAAAGCCCAGGUCGUGCGGCAGAUCACGCGCCUUUUCCUCAACGACGAGGGACAGACCACGCUGCUGAACCCGGGAGACGCGUCUAAGGACCCCUUCCUGCAGGCCAUCAGUCAGCUGUGCAAGGAGCUGCGGGAGUGGUUCAACGGCAGCGUCUUCCACGAGGUGGACCACUACUUCCGCGACAGGCUGGACGGAGACUUCUUCAAGGAAAUCGGGAACGACACCAAGGAGUUCUUCGAAGAUGUAGGAGAAUUCUUUAAGGAAGAUGUUGCCACGUGGUUUCAAGAGGACCUUGUUGACUUCUUCGAGAGGGACGUGUCGGACUGGUUCGUCAACACGACCGCCGACGCCAACGUGUUCUUCAGCGAGGAGUUGCCGAUCUGGGCCGAGAACACCGGACGGGAGUUCAUUGACUUUUUCGAGAAGGACGUGGCGACUAUCUUCCAGAACUUCGGCAAGGACAUAUCCCAGUUCGUGGAAGAACAGGUGAGCCCUACGUUCGAUGAACUCCACGACAAUGUCCGAGAGUUCGUGGAGGAGGACGUGGCGGACGCUUUCUCGUCUGCGAGCGAGUACGUCGGGUCGGCCGGCGAGACGGCAGAUGGAGCCGCCGACGCCCUGGGGAACACCGAGAAGUUUCUACGGGGAAUCAACAGGCAUCUACAGACCGUGGCAGGUGGCCUGGACCAGGUAGGCAAGGUGCUGAAGAACGCCAGCGGACACGCCAAGAAGGCCGUGGAGCAGGCUAAGACCCAGGUGCACGACUUCUCUCACAAGGUGGAGGACUUCUUCGAGGAUGCGGGAGAUCAGAUAGUGGACGGCUUCCAGACGGCUGGGAGGGAGAUCCAGGACUUCUUCGAAGAGGACUUCGCUGGCUUCUUCAAGGACACAUUCAGUUUCCUGGGACGGCGGCGCCGCGCCCUGGACGACUCCUCCCUGCCCGCCGCCCUGAUCAGCAUCCCCUCCCUGCGGGGCCUGCUCGCGCAGAACGACCUGGACGAGCCGCCCACGUGCCAGGCAAUCCUGCAGGACUCGCGCAGCUGCGCCCGGCUCGUGCACACCUGUAAUGACUGCAGGGUCAGGACACAGGAUGUGUGCCCAGAGAAGCAGGAAAUCCUGAAGCAGUACUUCUCAUCCCGAAACGCCAGCAGGAAGACAUUAUUGGCCCUACAGACCACCAAGAGGUUGUAUGAGAAAGCUUUGAACAUGUCUCGCGGGGACCAGUCUAAGGUGGAGGACAAGUGCGACUGCCUCUGGGCCUACCAUGUCGCCGAACUCCCCAGGGAACAGCGCCGCUUCAACGUCACUCAGCUUGCGAUCCAGCCCGGGCCCGACCGCGUCACGAUUGUCCGCGCCGUUGUCCGUAUCUUCGACGCCCCCGAGAGGACCUUCAUCGUGCCGGUCCUGUCGGAGAACAACCCCGAGACGGACCCAGCCGUCAUCGCCGGCCCCAUAGCCAAGCAGGCGCUGGAGUGGUACAAGGCGCAGCUACCAAGUACCAAGAACCCAGAAGGCGACAAAGGCUUCGCCGUUGAAAUGCUGUCCGAUGCAAUAAUGCGCCCUUCGAUAGCCUAGAGGGCCCUGCCGUCAACCGUCACUCACGGAUAUUCCUCAUAUUUAUGACAGACGGUCUUUAGGCAAAUAGCGAGUUACUGAUGCGUGGUUAGUUCAUUCAUACGUGUUUCAGAACUAGCGGCCAAUAUAUGAACUGCAUCACUGCAUUCAUCAACGUAAAGUUUAUAUACUGUAGUAGCUUGUGAGAGUUAUGUUCAUAAUGUUGGGCUUCUUUGUAAAACUGAAGAGCCGAAGUUCACAGUAUUGAGACGAUGAAAAGUAUAACUAAUUGAUCAUGCCUAGAUGGUCUACUAAUCUAAAUUUGACAUAGAUACAAAGGUUGUAACUGCAGUGUUUAUAGAAAUUGGCAUGGCAGGUUUACCAUGCAAGGUGUAGCGCUGGUUUCAUCAAUGUAUUCAAACGAUUUUUUAUCUGACUCUUAUCAUUAAAAAGCCAGUUUUGACAAUA